UAUACAGCUUCUCUCUGCUUUCAAGGUCCAUACUAAUUCUUCCCUUCUUUUCUAUCUAGAUUGAACGUAACAACCAUGGCUAUCCGUAUGCCUCGUAUAAUCAAGAAGUCUUCAACAGGUGGAGAUGUUCCCAAGGGCCAUUUUGUUGUGUAUAUUGGGGAGAAGCAGAAGAAGAGAUUUGUAAUCCCUAUAUCAUUUUUGAGCCAACCUUUAUUUCAAGACUUGCUUAGUCAAGCUGAGGAAGAAUUUGGCUUUGAUCAUCCAAUGGACGGUGUCACAAUUCCCUGCAGUGAGGAUUUUUUUGUUGAUCUCACAUCUCGCUUGAGGAAAUGACAAGGAAAUUAGUCCCUUUUUUUUCUUACACAAAUUUGUAAAGCUGUAAAGCAGGAACACAGUGUACAGUUCAAUAGUUAGAAGAAACACUAGUUAGGCUAAUGAGUUUAGCACAUAAAGAAUGGAUG